UUCCCAUGGCUUGCAUCUGCAGAUUGAUUCAGUCACAUGAAGAUAAGAGUCUUAUCUCAGAUCCUAUCAAGACUGGAAGCAACUUCCCUUUUGAGGUUUGAAUGCGUAAAGCUAUUCGUAAGUGAAUUGAAGGGCGUAAUUCAAAGGUACCCCGCUCGAUCAAAAGAUGCAUUCACCCGGGAGAGCAGUAAGGUAUUUUAGGACCUUACGGCCAGCAAGUUGUUCUUCAAUAAGCAAGUCUUACAAUCUAUUUUGAAAAGACAUCAGUUACUAAGAUCCAUCAAAGACAAUAUACGCCCCCUCGCAAACCCUUUUCCUCACCCCGCGCCAAUUCAUAACAAUCGAUCCAGAAUCGCAUUCUUCAGUAUGGCAACCAAAGAAAAGGAAUUGGGGACAAAUGAUCUGAAAGGUCUAGGUGGAACGACCGAUCUCUCACCAACUCCAGAGCCUCAUCAUGAAAUCAAUGCUUGGUCUGGUCCAGGACAAGCAGCAUUUGAUUUCCGCAGCGAUGUAAUGACUACUCCAACCAAAUCCAUGCUUACAGCCAUUCAAAAUACUACCCUCUUUGAUGAUGUCUUUGCUGAAGACCCAACAACCAAUUCGCUUGAAUCUUAUCUUGCAGAAAUUACUGAGCAUGAAGCUGCCAUCUUUGUUCUCUCCGGUACCAUGGGCAACCAAAUUGCUCUCCGUUCUCAUCUUGUUCAACCUCCCUACUCUGUACUCUGUGACCAUCGAGCCCACAUUCUCGAGUGGGAAGCCGGUGGUACUGCAUCUUUGUGCGGGGCUCUUGUGAAGGGAGUAGUGCCUAGCAAUGGCGUUUACUUGACGUUAAAUGAUAUAGAGAAAUCUGUUACUAUUAGUGAUGACAUACACUCAUGUCCGACAAGGGUGAUUAGUUUGGAGAAUACAUUGGGUGGAACAAUCAUGCCACUCGAGGAGGUUAGGGCGAUUUCAGGAUUUGCCAGGAAGCAUGGCAUCAAAUUACAUAUGGACGGAGCUAGAAUUUGGGAAGCUGUUGUUGCUGGAGCGGGAUCUCUAACAGAUUUCACGAAGGAAUGUGAUAGUGUUAGCUUAUGUUUUAGCAAGGGAUUAGGCGCACCGGUCGGAAGUAUGUUAGUGGGCAAGAAAGAUUUCAUCAAGCAUGCUAGAUGGGUUCGAAAAAGUAUUGGAGGAGGACUCCGUCAAGCUGGUGUUUUGACCGCGGCUGCGAGAGUUGCGGUCGAUGAAACAUUUGGAAAGGGUCCAAAUGGUGAAGGGGGUCUCUUGCGCGAAAGUCAUAAGACAGCCAAAAGAAUCGCGACCUUGUGGGAAGGCUUAGGCGGAAAGUUGCAGCAACCAACCGAAACUAACAUGGUGUGGCUGGAUUUGGCAGAUGCAGGUGUUUCGGCGGAAGAAUUCCAAGAAUUGGGAAAGGAGAAAGGCUUGAAACUUUAUGGUGGUCGAUUGGUGGUGCAUUAUCAGAUUGGAAAUGAGGCGGUAGAUAAGUUGGAGGAGAUUAUGAAGGUUGUUCUGGAGAAGAAAGGAAAGGGCACUAUUGAAGUUGCAAACAAGAAGCGAAAAAUCGGAGAGAAGGAUUAUGGUACUUAGGUGCUGGCCAUACAUAUGAGAUGUAGGCAGAUACUAUUUUCAACAUGUAUUCAUCUUCAUAUAUUCAACGCCCGGGAUACCUGUGAAUACAGGAUAGAUAGAUGGCUUGCAGCUGAGCUGGUCUAAGGUAGGCGACAUCCAGAUUAGCUAGAGAAGAAAGUUUGACGAAAAAUGUCAAAAUGAAAAUAAUGAAAGCCAGAAAUUCAAUGAAGGAUUACCGUUCCG